AUGAGUGAUCGCUACGGUCAAAGUGGCUCUGAAUCCCAAUUGGGAGACAAAGGGGAUAAGAAUACGAGGAAUCCAUCACAACCUUUGUCUACUGGAUCUAGAUCAAGUGGAAAUAGUUAUUAUGCCAGUGAACCUAUUCAGUUUCGGGUAAGGGGGUCCACAAUAACUGGUGCAUCACCUCCUAAGUUUGUAACGCUUGAGGAUAUAAUGAAAGCAGCUCAUGGCAUGCAGAAUAUGGCAUUAGCCCAUGAGAUAGCUGUUGAUCAAGAUUUUAAGUUGGAACCUUUUGAACCACCAGACAACAGUUAUCAAAAGUUAGUCAAAGAAACUAUGCACAAAGCCUACUUCGAUAUACUAAGGGAACAGCUGAACUCUGAUCCCCCUGAAUACAAACAAGCUCUUAUUUUACUAGAGGAUGUGAAACAGGGAUUGUUUUCUAUUCUUCUUCCACGACACACACGCAUCAAAGAAAUGAUAGAAGAAGUUCUGGAUGGUGACUUCAUCAAACAACAAGCCGAAAACAAUAGCCUCGAUUUUGAUAAAUAUGCCAAGUUUGUUAUUGAUUUAAUGGCAAAGCUGGCAGCACCAGCUAGAGAUGAAAUGAUACAAAAUAUCACAACGCUGACGGACACCGUGGAUAUUUUUCGAGCAAUCCUAGAGACACUCGAAGUGUUAAAACUUGAUUUGGCUAACACGUUAAUAGCGAUGAUACGGCCCCACGUACAGAAGGAAAGUGUACAGUAUGAGAAAGCAAAAUUUGAUGAGCUGCUUAAAGUGGCCGAAGAUGGUCUACAGUACACUAGAGAAUGGUUACAGAGACACAUAGACAAGACAGGUCUAAGCAUACCGGUAACAGAUCCUAAUAUUAUUAGGAACGUAACAGCACAAACAUUGGCCAAAGCCUAUUUGGAGCUGUUAGAGUGGGACGGCACUAAGAAUUAUCCAGAGACAAUUGCACUUGAUGCGUCACGCUUCUCCGAACUGGGCACUCAGGUGUACAGACUUAUAUGCAUCGCGUCCAUUAUACUGGUCAGUCCUUCGUGUGGGCAUGAUCCUUCAGCACCCUCACAGAAGCAGCAACUCAAAGACAAAAUCGACAUUAUUCUUGGCAAUACUUCCAAUGACAUAGAACUAAAAUCGAUCCUGCCAUCAGUGGCCGAGGAAGUUAUAUUGUUUACGGAGCAACUGCUAGAAGGACUCAACCAAGACGGACUGAGUGCAGAUACAAAAGAACUUAUAAGGACCCAGAUAUUAUCUGUCGGAGAUCCAGAGCAUAAAGUGAGGCAGAUUGUCCGUCAAAGAAUUCUCGAGUUUCUAAAAAUGAUCCUAGUUUGUGCGGGUGGUUCCCGUCAGAUACCCGUAGGUUUGUCUGCCUUCACCCGGGAACUGACGAUCGUGUCGGGAACACUGCUGCGCUACGUAAUGCACAACAAAGCAGUCUUCACGGAGCAUUACCUGAAUAUCAUACAAGAGGAGCUGAGUAAGAAUUAA